AUGAAUGAUCCUAGCUUGCAGGAAUUGGACUCUUCUCCAUAUACCCCAAAGGACUCUAUCAAUAUUAGAAAAUUCUUCAAGGUCCAUCAAGCAUGCAAUCAGCUCUUGGAUGCUGUAAGGGUUAUCUACAAUAAUUCUUUAAGUGAAGAGGAAAUAGAAGUAUUUUCAAACAGCACUAAUAAGAUAGAAAAUGCUAUUGCAGAAAGUCCUGCUACAUAUAUAGCAUCUUAUUUAAGUGAUAUCAAGUCCACUAUUGAUCUGGAAUCAAUAUUUCAACAUUAUUCAUUUAAUGGAGUGAGUUCGCCAGUUCAUCAUUUUAUUCAUUAUCCUGUAGUAUCAGAUCCUACACUAGAAACAUUGGCAUUUAUUCAUAGAAGUUAUCCAAAUAUGAAUGUAAAUUUGACUGAAACACAAAAGACUUUAAUGAGUAAUGAAAGAUUGGAAUUUUUAGGUGAUAGUUGGUUAGGAGCUUUAAUUGCAUACAUUAUUUACGAAAAAUAUCCCUAUGCAGAUGCAGGUGCUUUAUCCAAAAUGAAAAGUGCUAUUGUUAACAAUAGUAAUUUAGAAAAAAUAUCGACUAAGUUACGAUUUAAAGAAAGACUAAAAGAAAAUAUUCCAAGAUUUUCGAUGAAAUUUAAAGAUAAAUUUUCUAAGUAUUAUGCGGAUUGUGUAGAAGCCUAUAUUGGUGCAUUAGUUAUUGACCGAUUUUCAGUUGAAUUUAAGGAAAUUGCCGAUUGGUUGGAAGAAUUGUCUCAAGAUAAAUUUGCAGAACUAGGUCCAGAAAUGUUAAAAAAGCCUUUGAAUAAAAAUGCCAAAGGUGAAUUAGCAGAAUUAUUACAAUUUAAUAAGAUUGGUGCAAAAAUAUUUUAUAGGAGAAUCACUACAACACCACCAUUUACUGUAGAAGUACUAUUAGGUGACAAAGUUCUAGCAUUAGGUACUGGUGCUAAUGUCAGGGAAGCUGAACAAAGAGCAGCCAUGGAAGUUUUAGGUAACCCAGAUUUAAUUCAGAAAUAUUCUCUGUAUAAAAUAGAAACUAAUGAUGUGGCAAAACAUUUAGUAGAGGAAAUUCCAAUAAGAAAAGGCAUAUUACCAGGGCAUAAGGUUGAUGAUAUUGAAACACCGAUUUCAAUAAGGCGUUCAUUAAUUGCAGAAAGAUAUAAUACUAAAAAUUCUAUAGAGAGUAGUGUCGUUUCUGAGUCUGAGAAGUUUAAUUCUGAUUUGGAACAACAAGAUUUGAUAAGUAUCAGUUCUGAAGAACAAUAUAAGGAACAGAAUAAGGAAUUUAGAGGAGUGGAUAGUAGUAUUGAGUGUAAAGCUCCAUACGAUAUCACUAAUAUAGAUGCAUUGGCAGAAGCAAUUCUGGAAAAAAUGGGUACAGUUCUUCGUCCAAUGGUCACAGGUAUUGUUUCUGAUUUGGAGGAAACAAAAAAUGAUAAGUUUAGUAAAUCUACAAUGUUAAAGGAUGAUAAAAAAACAUUGUUUUUAAGACCAAUUGUCUCUAAUAUUCCAUCUUUACCACCUAAACCGGUUAGAAGAAACAAUGCAACAUUAGUAGCUAAAACAACAGAAAAGGAUAAAGCGGUAACUGAUUUGAAAAAGAAAUCAGAUGAACAAGCUAAUAAAGCUUUGUUGGAUAAUAUUCCAUUUGAUAAACAGGCAUCUAGUACUUUAUAUACAACUUUGGGUUCAGUAAACUUAUUUCCCACGUAUGAGAUCAUAAUGUUAGAUUCUGGUGGAUUUCGUUCCACUUGUAGUAUUAUGGGUGUCGGAACAGUUUUGGCUGAAGGUAUAGGUAGAAGUAAAAAAAUUGCUCAGCAUAUUUCAGCCAGUAAUGCCUUACAAAGCGAAGCACUACAAAAAGUUUUAAGAGAUGCUGUUCAAGGAUAA